AUGGAAGAUGGGACCACCACAGGGCCGACACCAGCAAACACUCCUGUGCAUGGCCUCAACAGUGCAUCUGGCAUGCAUGCCAGAACACCUGCGCUGUCCAGCUUCCCAAAUGCCCUGACAGCUGAGUUCUGGCUCACACGAGCCAAGGCCAGGGAGGACGAGGGAGACGUCCUGGGUGCGCUUGGGGUCCUGGAGAAUGCGAUACGCCGCAACGCGCGGCCCUUCUCGCCGCUGACUAAGGCCAUCGGCCGGCUGCAGGCGCGCGUGGCCGAGUCGAAGGGAACAGCCGCCGCACGCCCCACGCCUGUCAAGCUCUGGUCCUCGCUGCGCCUGAGUGCCGCUGACAAGGACAAGAAGAAGACGCUGCGCUUUGCUGGGCAGCCUGAGGAGGACAUCGCCAAAGCAGACCAUGGCCAGGCAUGCAUCCCCAUGUGCUUGAGCUCUAGCAUUAAACAACUGCAUGCGUCCUCCUGCAUGGAGCAGCAGGUCGAUGACGCUGCAGCAGAGCCAAAGCCGCACCAGCCUCAGGACCCAGAGACAGACAAGAAGAAGGAGCGGACGCCCCAUGUGCGUUUCUGCACGCCGGCGCCGGACACCAACAGGAUCCAACCAAAGAGCCCCAUGCACAGCCGAAGCAGCAACGCAGGUUCCACGCCCUUCCACUCCAGCGGCAGCCGGCAGCGCAUGGCUGACUUCAGCGAUGACAGCGACGAUGCUGACAUCAGCGAGUCCGGCAGCCCCACCACUGUGUCCAGGCGCCUGCUGGAGCCCGAGUACUAUGAAGCGGGAUUGGACAAUCAGGCAGGUGAAGAUGGCCCUGCAGAGAGCCACAUGAGCGAGAGCGACUGCAUAAGUGGCAUGCACAGGUAUCUGCUGGAGAGCGAGGUGAGCCCCACCAGUGGAGCAGUCAAGGUCCCUUUCAAAAAUGCCAACUUCUACAGCAACCUUGCAGAUGCUGCCACGCCUCAUGUUGUGAGCGCCUCUCCCCUGAGCGAGGCAGGAGAAGUGGACGAGGGCCGCGCAUGCGAAGACAAGUUCAGCUUUGACAGCCUGAUCCCUGCUGCCACCCCCGACCUCAACCUGCAAGCCACUCCUGCCCUGCGCGCCCGCCCUGCAGUCCCACCUCAGGGGGCAGCGACGCCGUCUGUGUGCAUCAAUCCCCUCUAUGCAUCUAUCAACACCCCCAGCACAGCCAAUUCGGAUGCGCCCAACACCGCGGCGUACACCCCUGCAGCGCCGGCCGACCCCAUCUUCUACGCGACCCCCGUCACAGCCUCCAUCUCCACGGCUCCUCUGCUGAGCGCGCUGGCUGCAAAGAACCUCUUCUCUGCAGCGCCGGUCAUCGAGGAGGCGCCAGAAGAGGCAAUAAAUCAGGACUCAGAGCCUGAGCAGCCCGCCAUCCGUGUCGAAAAGGACCAGCCGGACGCGCAGGAUACCAGCAUUGAUGAGGCCCUCCUGCAGCCGGCCACUGGUCAGCCCACAAACGCUCACAUGACGACUGUGCAGCGCCAGUCAAGCGCUCAGGGGCACACAGGCGAUGCAGCAGUCGAGUCCGGGCCGGAGCCGAACGAGGAUGCGGGAGAGUCCGCGGCAGAUGCAGCAAAUAUGACUGAGGUGUCCAGCGAGGAUCCUGGCUCGCCGGUGACUCAGCAUGCGGUGCUGAGUCAGCAGGAGUUUGCCGCGGCGCGGAGGGCAUUCCCGCGCACGCCCGCGUCGGCCGUGCGCCGCAGCCGCCCAGAAGCCGACGACGCCCCGACACCCAUCCGCAACCCCCUUCGCAUCGCCACCCCUGCUAGGGUGCGUCCGCGCGUGGGCAUGAGCGAGAUGCGCAGCCUGCUGCAGGAUCCGCACGCGCCCAGCCCGGCCCAGGCAGCCGCCAUGGGCAGCCGCAACGCACUCAGCCCCAUGCGCGCCCGCCCCAGAAUGCACACCAGCCUCGGCCAUGCUCAGCUGGUGACGCCCAAGCGUCGCUCGGCGCGCAAGCCGGCGGCGGCCGCGCCGCAGUCGACCGGCGGGAUGCUGGCGGCCGCGGGCUUUGCGUACACGCCCAACGCCGCGCUGGCCGGCCGCCUCGCCGCCGCGGCCGACGGCCGGCCCGUGCUCGGGGACGCGAUGGACGCCGACCUGCUGGCCUCCAUGGACGAGGUGGCAGAAGGCGAGGGCAGCCCUGUGAUCCUGGAUGCCAGCCAGCUGGAGGACCUGGCCUGUGCCAUGGGUGCGGUGUCCCUGACGCCCUCCCUGGAGGCCGCCUGCCACAGCCGCAGCAACACCCCCCAGCCAUACCAGAGCAGCGAGAUUGCUGCUACCGCCGUGGGCGCCUCCACUGACGGACCCAAUGCGGACUCAGAGACAACGCCCGCCGCGACGCUGGCAGGCCCCAAGUCGAGCAUGCGCGUAACCCGCUCUGCGCUGCGCAAGUCUCAGCCGCUGGCCGACGGCGCCGAGCCGGCCGGCCCCGGCGGCGCAGACGCGGCCGAGGAGGGAGCCGAGAGCGAGCAGGAGGGAACACCGUCUUUCAAGGAGGCGCCCGGCCGCCCAAAAUUGGCGCGCGUAACGCGCUCGGCCGCCAAGACCGGGCAGCAGACACCGGCGCCGGCAGCUUCCGCGGAAGCUUCCGCAAACAAGGCAGCGGCCAGUGCAGGGCAAGAGGCGAGCAGCAACUCGUCCAAGAAGAUGUCCCCCACAGAGAGGAACAUCCGCCAAGGCCUUCGCAGGUCCACCCGCCUGGCCUGAACCAGAUAUACGACGAUUUCUAAGAGCACAGAUCGAUCUCAUGGUUUGCAAAAUUUGAAGCAAGCAGUGUGGAGCCCCUGUGAGAAACGCAUGAACGAAGACAAGUGCGCGCUCAAAGAUCAGGCUUGGCAGCGCAGCAGGUUCUGCCUUGACCCGUGUUUUUUUGCAAGCCUGAAAUGUUCCGGGCAGUGAAAUGAGGUCUUGCAUAUGGAGGUGAGCGGCAUAUGUUCAGCGUGCCAUCCGUGAUUCAGGAUUGCUGAGGAUCACAGGUCUUUACAUGCAUGGUUCCUAUAUAGGACUGCAGGCUGGCAGCUUUCUCUUGUACAUACGGGUCGCUAUAUAGUCGCAUUCUGUCAGUUUUGCUACCUCUACCGUCUAGGACGAACAGGUCUAGACAAGCAUGUCAAAUGAGGUUGUCCAUCAUGUCUGGCAUAUGGUCUGCACUCUGUAACGUCGCAGGUUGAAGC